GAGCAUAUGUCACAUCUGUAGCUAUGAAGUUGAUCAGGGCUGCAGAAGUUGGACAGACACAUAUGAACCCGCGCAUGCGCAGUAACGCCACCAUCCAGCUCUAAAUAAGAGUUAGGAGAGAAACGAGGUAAAGAUGGCAGAGACAUCUACGACUGACGGUCCUGCCGCAGGAGCUGAUUUUGACAUGAUGAGCGCUCUUGACUGGAAGGACGGCAUAGCCACCUUGCCAGGAAGUGACAUUCGGUUUCGGAUGACUGAAUUUGGCACCCUGGAGAUCGUCACAGAGGUGGAGCCCAAAGUUAAAGAGGCGGAGCUUACAGGCCCACAGCCUCAAACAACAGGCACCAAUGACAUUCAUUCCCCUGAGCAGAACAAAACUUCAAAUCAGACUGCAAAGCCCCAGUCAAAUACAGAGCAUCAGACAAGUCCUGUGGGGGUCAACAACACCAGGAGCCCCAGCGCUGUGGGAAGCCCCAGUGUGAGUACAGUGCCCAAUGCAAUUGUUCCCAUGUCUGAGGCGACUGCAAACUGCAGGUCAUGUGGUCACUCUGGUUCACGUGAAUCCUUUCUACAAGGCAAAUUUUGCAGCGCUCCUUGUGUACAGCCCUCCAGUGGCAGGUCAACCCCAGCUGAGGCUGUCGAAGGAGAACGUUUAGGUAAACGUGUGAGAAAGAAGAAGAAGAUGUUUAUGGAAUCUGGAGAUGAGGAGGAGGACAACAUAGAGGAGGAAGAAGAGAAGGUUAAAUCCUCAAAGGGGAGACGAGCAGCUAAAGUUGCUAGACUAGUAACAGCACCUCUGGUUAAGAAGAAAACCUGGAGUUGGUCAGCUUAUCUGGAAGAGGAGAGAACUAUUGCCGCUCCCUUGAAACUUUUUAAGGAGCACCAGUCAUUUCCUCAAAGCAGGAAUGGAUUUAAAGUUGGCAUGAAGUUAGAGGGACUGGACCCCUGUCACCCAGCUCUCUUCUGCGUUCUGACUGUGGCAGAGGUGCAAGGCUACAGGAUUCGGCUUCACUUUGAUGGUUACCCGGAAUGCUAUGACUUCUGGGUAAAUGCAGACUCAUGGGAUGUGAAGCCGCCAGGCUGGUGUGAGAAAACCAGCCUUAAGCUGUUGCUGCCAAAAGGCUGCAGAGAUGGAGAGUUUAACUGGAACACAUAUGUAAAGAAUUGUAGGGGUCAACUGGCCCCCAAACAUCUCUUCAAGAGUCUUAAUACAUCGGUCACACCGUCAGGUUUCCGUGCAGGGAUGAAGCUGGAAGCCGUUGACAGAAAGAACCCAUCACUCAUCUGCGUUGCAACCAUUGCUGCUGCUGUCGACAACCGGCUCCUCGUUCACUUUGACAACUGGGAUGAUUCGUAUGAUUAUUGGUGUGAUGCCAGCAGUCCAUACAUUCAUCCAGUAGGGUUCUGUGAGGAGGCGGAGUUAACACUCACUACACCUGCAGAUUAUAAGCCCCCCAAGGUUUUUACUUGGGAAAAGUACCUUGAGGAAACUGGAGCCCAGGCUGCACCAGCAAGAGCCUUUAAACAGAGACAACCACAUGGUUUCCAAGUCGGGAUGAAGCUGGAGGCAGUGGACAAACGUAAUGCCAUGCUUAUCCGUGUAGCCACCAUCUCUGAUGUAGAAGACCACAGAAUCAAGAUCCAUUUUGAUGGCUGGAGUGAGGAGUAUGAUUAUUGGCUAGAUGCUGAUAGCCCAGAUCUGCACCCAGUUGGCUGGUGUCAGAAGACGGGUCAUCCUCUACAACAGCCCAACGGUAACAUACUGUUAAUAUACAGUGUUUCCACACAUGGCUCCACAAGACUCUUAAUCAAACUCAUUAUUGUAACCACAUCAGGUCCCAGAGAUUCUCCAGUGCCUCCAGGACAAGGCUGCCCAACCCCAGGAUGCAGUGGAGUCGGACACAUCAGAGGACCUCGGUAUGGGACACAUUACACGGCUGUGAGCUGUCCUUACUCAGAUUUUAAUUUGAAUAAGGACGGGCUGGUGCCAGACAGACUGAAUGGGGAGAGGCCGGUCACGCUCAGUGGACCCCCGCGCCACCGUCGUGCUGAAACACUCACUCAGACACAACCUCCCACACCAACACCCAGCGCCGGCACCCCUGAAGCCCCUGACACCAGCACGGAUGCCUGUCCACAAGCUCACUCAGUGCGUGAGCACGUUGUGUCUGCCAUCUCUCUCAAAUGUGUCAAGCCAUCUCAAGUGAAGCAGGAAGGUGACGGGAAAGAUUCUCUUCAGGAGUUCCUGCAUGAGUCUGUGUUUUGUGGAUGGGAGCCACCGAGGUUUCAUCUGUGUUGGGAAAAGCAUGGCAAACUCUUGCCUGAAGCUUUAGGCCUCAGUGCCAAGAGAGUGGCCAAGUGGAGCACAGAAGAGGUGGCAAGUUUUGUAAAAGGGCUGCCUGGCUGCAGAGAGGAUGCUGCCACCUUUAGGAAGGAGCAAAUUGAUGGCGAGGCCUUCCUGCUUCUUACUCAAUCAGACAUUGUUAAGAUUCUGAGCAUCAAGCUUGGACCUGCUCUCAAAAUUUAUAAUUCGAUCCUAAUGCUGAAGAGUGCAGAUGAGGAGUAGACAACUCACAGCAACGGCUGCUCCAUCAAACAUGUUUAAAAGUUGCUCUAGCCCCCACCAAUGCGUCCAGCAGACUGACGAAUAUUCAAUCAUCAGUCUCCUUAUGAUUGACAGACAUCGACAGAAUCAGCCAAUUCAACAAACCUCAUGCGAUCAGAAAAGUCCCAGCUCUUAAAGGCUGAUAUAGAUUUGAUGUCUCCCCUUCCAACUCAGCACUCGCUCUAAAUGAGGACUUAUAUGUUCUUGUGAAACCAAUCAUUUGAUUUGGGAGGGGUGAGUACACUACACUGAGGCACCUUAAAUUGUUGAAAGCUUAAACUGGAUUCUUUCAUCGCUGAUAUUUAUGUUUUUAUGGUUGCUAAAAUGAUGGUUAAUUACAAAAGGUACGAUGGUGGAGCUUUUACUUGAAAUGUAAUUGUGUUUUUUUUUUUUUUGUAAGAAUGCAAAAAGACCUUUGUAAUUGAACACGCAUCCUAAUUAAUCCUAAUUAAUCCAAAUGGGGAUGUUUGAGACCACUAGAGGGCAGCAGGAUUGUAUAUAUAUGUGUGUGUGUGUGUGUGUGUGUGUGCUUGGAUCUAAUGUCAGGAAAUUCUUGCUCUGAGCAAAUCUGGAAUUGAAUGUCUCAGUUUUACUUAAAAUGAAACUUGUAAAGUGCAUUUGUAAAUUGAAGGUAUUGUAUAUUGAACUGCAAAUAGAGUUGGGAAUAGAAAUGAGUGUGUGAAUUUUUAAGACUCUGAGACCCUGACAUUUUGCCUUGUACAUGCAUUCCUGAAUACUAAGACAUUUUGUUCUUCAUUCAUCGAGCAAAGGUUUUAUGUACAUCUGCUGUAUAAUACAGCUGUAAUUGUAACUGAUUUUACAUGUUGGAAUCACUUCAUAUUCACGUACUGGUUUGGUUUGCAGUGCUUCUCAAAGUUGUCAUUAUAUGCAUAUGCAGGCUGCUUUAGGUUCAGAAUAACAGAUCCAGUUAGGGUUGGAAACGAGAAAAGAAUCGAAAAUGGGUGUACAAAAACUAAAAUACUGAAUGUGUAUAGAUAAUAGUCUGCAGAAACAUUUGAUUACAAGUAAUAAAGGCAUUUGGACUGUGAUGGAAACUAAAGACUUGAGGGAAUCCUCAUUGCAGUGGUUAGGGUCAGGGAUGUGUUUAUAAGAGAUUUUGAUUGUUUUCUUUGGUUUGUGUGUGUGUGUGUUUGUAGAUUAAAUGUCUCUCCAAACGUG